GGAAAAGCAUGAAGUAACUUUGUAGGUGUGCGGUUAACACCGCACACGUAAACAUGUAUACGGAAGUGUAGGCGUACAGUCACCAGGUGUAAAUCGUGCAUUUUCGUAACUGUUCGGCACUCGUUCAGCGUUCUUUCGGCGCUCUCUCACAUCGUGUUCAGUGGCGUUCAGUGGCAUUCAGUACUGCACGGCGUGUGGUUGUGCGUAGCGUCGCUUGGUGACUAUAGUAUCGUACGUAGUCUACUUUCCAACGUGUAUUUCAAAAAAACAGAGCCUUCGAGAAAUUUACAUUUCUUGCAAAGGAACGUUUCUCUGAUAAUUUUUAUUACCAAACUUCGAAUUUAUUAAAAUUGUGAUUUUUUCGUAAUUCAAUCAGCAAAACGUAUCAAUCGUCUUUGUACAAAGAAAAAGAGAGGUCAUCGUUGCAUUCGUCUUUGCGUUCAUUCGUUCGAUACAUAGAAAAGUGGUACAGAAAUGGCGGAAGCUCAUUCAGCCGUCGCCUUUAGUUUUUCCAUCACCCACGAAGGAUGGGACGUGAAUUUCGAUCGAGAAGUACUCAAUCUCGUUUGGUUAUCAGGUGUACGCUCCUGGAAGAAAAGAUUCUUUAGAUUUAUGAAUAAUUUGAAGAGCGGUGUGUAUCCUGCAUCUUUAGGAAGCCUCUGGCUUACCAUAGGCAUUGUCACCGCAAUUCAUUUCGCGGGCUACAAAGUUCCUUACGAUCUCGUUGGAAAAGUUACACCAUAUCUUUCUGGAUCUUCAAUACUCGCACAUCUAGCUGGUUCGUUCAUGAUCGGACUUCUCCUGUGGUUGGUCGUUAUAUAUAUGUUACGAUACGUACUAAAGCUGCUGCUGAUCUACAAAGGCUGGAUGUACGAAUUAAGAGGCAAACAUAAAAAACUAUCAAGAAUGACACAGAUAUGGCUUAUUUUCGUAAAACUUCUGUCUGGUUGGCGUAAACCCAUGCUUUACAGCUUUCAAGGUUCGCUGCCUCGCCUACCACUUCCUACGGUAGAGGAUACGAUGAAACGGUAUCUCCGAAGCGUUAGACCUCUACUGGACAAUGAAAAUUAUACUCGUAUGGAGAGAUUAGCGAAGGAGUUUCAAAAUGGUAUAGGCGUGAAACUUCAACGAUACUUAAUACUUAAAUCUUGGUGGUCUACCAAUUACGUAUCUGAUUGGUGGGAGGAAUACGUUUACCUUCGAGGUAGAUCGCCGCUCGUUAUAAAUUCAAAUUUCUACGGAAUAGAUGCUAUUCUUAUGCAUCCAACUACGAAUCAAGCUGCACGUGCCGCCAGCACUAUUCAUUUUUGUUUACAAUACAGACGGCUCAUUGAGCGUCAACAACUCGAACCAAUUUUACUGCAAGGUAUAAUUCCUUUAUGCUCCUGGCAAUAUGAAAGACUAUUCAAUACCACAAGACUUCCUGGUAUUGAAACAGAUAAAAUAGUUCAUUAUCAAGACUCUAAGCAUAUAGUUGUACAUCACAGAGGAAGAUAUUUCAAAGUUCUUAUUUAUUACAAGAAUAGGAUUCUUUUACCCUGUGAAAUAGAAAUACAAAUUCAACAAAUUUUGGAUGACAAAUCUGAAUCAGCAGAAAGUGAAGAAAAAUUAGCUGCAUUGACAGCUGGAGAGAGGAAACCUUGGGCAGAAGUCAGAAAUGAAUAUUUCGCCAAAGGAAUAAAUAAAGCUUCCUUAGAUAUAAUAGAAAAAUCGGCAUUUAUUGUCGUUUUAGAUGAUUUUCCAUAUGAAUACGAUCCUGAACAUCCUGAAAAGUUAGACAAUUAUGGCCAAAUUUUGUUACAUGGUAAAGGCUAUGAUAGAUGGUUCGAUAAAUCUUUUACUUUGUGUAUUGGGAGCAAUGGAAGGAUUGGUUUUAACGCAGAACAUUCUUGGGCAGAUGCUGCGGUGAUGUCACAUUUGUGGGAAUUCUUAAUAUAUGAAGAAGCCUGCAAUCGAGAAUAUAAAGAAGACGGACAUAACAAAGGUACUCCAGAAUUUAUACCACCAAUCCCUACUCGACUUCAAUGGGAUUUAUCUUCAGAAUGUAUUGAAUGUAUAAAUCGUUCUAAUGAGGUUGUUCAAAAAUUAAUAAAUGACAUUGAAUUACGUAUCUACGUACACAAUGAAUAUGGUAAAGGCUUUAUGAAAGCUAGUGCAAUGUCACCAGAUGCAUAUAUACAAAUGGCUUUACAACUAGCAUAUUAUCGUGAUGCUGGAAAGUUUAAUCUCACUUAUGAAGCUUCCAUGACAAGAUUAUUUCGUGAAGGCAGAACAGAAACUGUUAGACCAUGCACUAUUGAAUCUGCUGCAUGGGUAAAGGCCAUGGAAGAUAAGAAUGCAACGUUAGAUAACAAAUAUAGGUUACUACUAGCAGCGGGACAACAACACCAAAAAAGUUGUCAAGAUGCUAUGUGUGGCAAGGGUAUAGAUAGACAUCUUUUCUGUUUAUAUGUAGUGUCUAAAUAUCUUGAAGUGGAUUCUCCAUUUUUGAAGGAAGUUUUAAGCGAACCUUGGCGAUUAUCUACAUCUCAAACUCCACAUGGACAAACAUCAAAGUUGGACUUAAAAAAAUACCCCGAUUGUAUUUCUGCUGGUGGUGGAUUUGGUCCUGUUGCUGAUGAUGGUUAUGGGGUUUCUUACAUCAUUGCUGGAGAAGAUGUUAUAUUCUUCCAUAUCUCUAGUAAACGUAGCUCACUAGUGACGGAUGCUGCUAGAUUUGCACGCCAAAUAGAAAAGGCAUUUGCUGAUAUGAAAAAAUUGCUUUUAGAAAGGAAAAAAAUUCAACAGCACAAAAAUGGCUCCACAUAAGGAAUUUAUUUAUUGGUGCAUUAAAAGGCUAUGAAGCACAUAUCAAAAAUUACUACAAACUAUAAAAAAAUUCUUCCUACUAUUUUGAAGAGUACAUAAAUAUACACAAAUUUGUACUCUUAAUUAUUUUUAUAUAAAUAAUUAUUACAAACGAAAUUUGCCAAAAACAAAUCCAAUAUUGAGUAUCUGUGCAAAAAAAGAAAAAAUCUGUUAUAUAUGCUAUUUUUCGAUCAAUAAUUUGUUAUAUUUCAUUAUACAAUAUUCUUUUAUAUAUCUCUAAAUGCAAUAUCAACAUCAAUGAUAUAAGAUUUAAUUUUAACUUUUCUAUAUGCAUAUAUACAAUUAGGAAUAAUAAUGAAAGAAUGUUGCGAAUAUAAAGAAGUCCAAUUUAAAAAUAAUAUCUUUUUCGCGUGUAACAUUAGAAGAAAACAUUCGCUAUCAUGUUCAACUACUGGAUUAUAUUUACCAGUACAGCUUCGAGUAUCAUUAGAGAAACGGAAAAUCAAAUAAUCAUUUAAUAUAUUUUAAAUCUUGAUAUAUUUGAUCAAUAUUUUUAUCACAAUGGCAAGAUGCCUAAAAUUAAGAUUGAAAUUUAUUCUUCAAAAAUAGUAUGAAUCAAGUCAAUUUUAUAUGUGUUAUUAUAUUAUCAAAAUGAUUAAAUAUGUGUUAAGUAUUAAAGGUGUUACAGUACGUCUCAACACCAAAUUUAUAAACAAUGCAAUCGCAUUUAUAUUGAAAUUGCAAAUAUUCAAUUUUUUAUUUACAUAUUUAAUUACAUUAAAUACUCACUUUGUUGAUUACAACAGCUACAAUUACAAUAUACUAUUCUUAUCAUAGCUAUUGUAUCAAUAUGUGACUGUCAUAUAUAAAUAGUAUUCGAACCUUGUGACUAGAUUAAAUCUGAUUGAAAACUUUAGAAUGUUUAUUACUUGUACAAAUGAGACGUCACGAACGCCUAUAAUAUUAUGUGAUCAUAUGAAGUUUUAGUAUAAUUAAAUAUUUAAAAAUGCCAUAAACUAAUAUCUGCAACCUAUCAAUGCAAAAUUUUGUAAUGUCUCAUUUUAUACUAGAAAGUUAAUAUUAUAUUUUCUUUAAUAUGUGUUUGUUAAAGGUAUUGUUAGAGGUACUGGUGCUCUUAAUUAAAAAUAUUUCAAAUAUUUCAACAUUUGUCAAUACAAUUAUUAUUCUCUUUUUAUUAUAUUUUUAGUAAAAACUUUAUCUAAUCAUCUAUAUACAUCUAAUUAAAUACAAAUCUUUGGUUAUACAUUACAAAAUACUUGAUAUCUCAAAGAAUAUAAAUCUUGAAGAAACUACAGAUUAUUAUCGCAAUCUUUAAUUAUAAUCGACUUCCAACAAAAGCAUUACUUAUGUUUUAAUAUGUAUAAACGACAUUUAUGCUAUUUAAAUACUAAAACGUAAUUUUAAAGAUUUAUCAAUGCAAUAUAAUUUAGCAAUUUUUAUCAUAUUCAUUUAUAUAGUUAUAUAUUAUCCUUUGUUGAUAUUUGUACAAAAAUAUGUAAAAUUGCAAACAUAUUUGUAUUAUUAAUAUAUAGCAUAAUAAAUUUUACUAAUACUAUUA